CUUUGCUGGUUUAGAUUAUAAUUGUUUAGUUUCUCAAAGCGAGUUAGCGUAAUUUAAAAAAUGAAAAUUCAUAUAGUUAUUUUUUUGAACUUUGUUGUAACGUGCGAAUACAUUAGUGGUUAUGAAAUAUUAGCAAUAUUUCCUCAUAGUGCGCGAAGUCAUCAUAUUUAUUUCACGCCGCUAGUCGAAGAAUUGGCAAUAAGGCAACAUAAUGUGACAGUGAUUAACUACCACCCUGUGCAAAAACAACCUUUCCUUCGGCAAAUAUCUCUACAGGAUAGAGAAAAUGCAAGUGCUUGUGUAGAUAUAGAGAAACGCAUGGAAGUUCUUUCGGUAUCUGACUUUUCCUUGGCGUAUGCGACUGCUCAGGUGUUCAAGAAUAUUGCGAAUACAAAUUGUCAAAAGCUGAUGAAUAAUCGAGAAGUGCAGGAGCUAAUACGGACACGAGCACAUUUCGAUUUAGUUAUAGUUGAGCAGUUUGUGACAGAUUGCGGAUUGGCUGUUGCAUACAAGUUGGAUGCGCCGGCUAUCGGAAUAGCUGCUCAUAUUUUGAGCCCAUGGACUUACUCAAGAUUGGGUGCACCUAACAACCCGGCUUAUGUGCCCAACCACUUCUUUGGAUCUGGGACGAAACCGGAUUUAUUUAAUAGAAUAAAAAGUGUUCUAAUAAACUUCGGGAUGAAUAUGUACUAUACUCAUGUUAUACAGAGGAGUGACCAAGAGAUUGUGAAUGCAGUGUAUCCCGAUACGCCACUGUUGGAAGAUCUAGGGAAGAAUAUGUCCUUAAUAAUGAUAAAUCAGUAUUUUACUUUAACUAGUCCUCGUUUGUAUAGUUCUAACGUUGUUGAAGUUGGUGGAAUGCACAUUAAUCCCAGUUAUCCGAUAGAAGAUCAGAGCCUUGUCAACUUUUUGGAUAGCGCCAGCAAUGGCGUGAUUUACAUCAGUUUUGGGAGUGUCGCAUCAAAUUUUCCUCGUAAAAUAAUUAAUGAAAUUAUAAAAUUCGUCGAGAAGAGCAAUAUGCGAUUUAUCUGGAAGUCAGAUGUAACCGAAUGGGAUCCUCCUAGCAACGUGUUUCUUGGAAAAUGGAUGCCACAAGCUGCUGUUCUAUGUCAUCCAAAAGUGGUCGGUUUUAUAUCACAUUCUGGAAUGCUGAGUACAUCAGAAGCUAUGCACUGUGGUGUACCUAUAAUUUCUGUACCUCUGUUUGGAGAACAAUUUGCGAAUGGAAAGUCUGCUGUCGAGAGUGGUUUGGGAGUUUCAUUAGAUGUAUUGACUUUGAAUGCACACGUUCUGGAAGAUGCUUUACAAACUAUCCUCAAAGAACAAUACCAGAAGAAAGCAAAGGAACUAUCACAACUCUGGAAAGACAGGCCACUAUCUCCAAUGGACACUGCCAUCUUCUGGAUUGAGUACGUGGCCAGAAAUAAGGGAGCGGUCAACUUGAAGCCACCGACGGUGGACAUGCCACUGUAUCAGUACUUAAUGAUCGAUGUAGCAUUCAUAAUAGCAUCAUCAGUUGCAAUAAUAUUCUACAUCUUAGUCAAAAUCUCGUCACUAGUCUUAAAAAUUCUCUUUGGAAAACAUAAACUAAAAUGGAAAAAGAUAGAUUAGGAUAAUUAAGAACUAAAUCUAUUUUAUUUAGGUUAAGAAUAACAAUAAUAAUUAAUUAGAAUGACAGCAAUUUUUGGAGGAUUGCACCUUAGGGAUUAAAUUUAAUAAAAAAGAAAAGAUUUAACAAAAGAUUUUUUUAAUAACAUUUGUUGAAAUUACUCAGAUUAUGUGAAUAAUUAAUAAAUACACAAUACAAAUAUGUUUUUUUCACUGGAACCGUGAUUUUAAUGUAUUUU